AUGGGCCUAAUUGCAUGGGGCGCGCUCCUUCCAUUUGGGGCAAUCAUCCCAAGAUACUUCAAGCAUCAUGAUCCUCAAUGGUUUGAUCGUCACAUCUCGAUCCAGAUUGUGGGUUUUCUUCUGGGUCUUGCUACUGUCGUUGCAGGAAGGGCACUCUACAAUGGACUGGAGUCCGAUGGCAUUCCCAAAUUCAACAUUCACAGACCCCUCGGAUCCUUAGUGUUUUGCCUCAGCAUUCUUCAGGUAUUGGAAUUGAUUCUAAGACCGGACAAGACAUCCAAAUGGCGCAAGGACUGGAAACAUCACUGGGUAGGGAGACUUGCUCUCUUCUUGGGAGCUCUGAAAAUUGUGAUUGGGCUUUUAGUGCAAGAGGCAGGCUCGGGGUGGAAGAUAGGAUAUGGGUUUCUUAUAACCUUCAUUCUUGUGACAGUCACCGUUUUGGACGUGUCCUUGGGGCUGGGGAGAUCCAACAAGGCAGAUGCGAUUCCUGUUUUUGGAUGCAAUUAG